UGUUCGCACGCGAUGGACUCAAAAUUGUGGGAGACAUGUAUCGUUGGGGCAGGCAUAAUUGGGAGCGCAACAGCAUAUAACCUCGUUGCUCAUGGUAACGGAGACGUCCUCUUGAUUGAACAGUUUCCUCUCCCUCACACUCGAGGAAGCUCUCAUGGACAGAGCAGGGUGAUUCGCCACUCGUAUGGCCAACAGUGCUAUGCUCGCAUGAUGCCUGAGUGCUUCAAGGAAUGGAGGAAGCUUGAAGAGAAAACUGGAAAUAAACUGCUUUACCAAUGCGGAUUGCUGAGCAUCGAUGCACUUCCACUUGACAAUGCGAAGCAAGUGCAGCGUAACCUAGCCUCGAUUGGAUUGACAUCUUCCCUGCUGCAAGGAAACGAGUUUAAAAACAAAUACCCUAUGCUGACAUAUCCAGACGGGACAGGAGCUGUCCUUGAAAACGAAGCAGGAGUCCUGAUGGCAAAUAGAUGUGUCCAGUCAUACCAGGAUUUGUUCGUGUCAACUGGUGGUUCCCUGUUGGACAAUGAAAAGGUUCAUGAAAUAAUCCCAGGAGACAUCAUCCAAAUCAAGACGACAAAGCGAGUAAUUAAAGCAAAGAAUCUCAUUAUCACCGCAGGCCCAUGGACAUCCGAGCUUGUGAAGCCAACUGGGCUUGCGCUGCCGUUACAGCCAUAUUUGAUUUCGGUUUGCUACUGGAAAACAAACGAUGUUCGCUACCGGGCAGAUCAAUGUUUCCCCGCCUUUGCUGAUUUUGGAACUGGUACUGCCAAAAAGUGUCAAAUCUAUGGAUUGCCUUGCAUUGAAUACCCAAAUAUGUUAAAGAUUUGCCUGCAUCAUGGUAUGACUGUAUCGCCUGAUUCUAGGGACAGAGUGACCUCUCAGGAUAAAAACGUGCUUGAAAUUGCCAAAUAUAUUCAAGAACAUUUUGCCAACGUGGAAGACAGACCCUGUAUUAUUGAGCCAUGCAUGUAUACAUCCACGCCAGACGAUGACUUCAUAAUAGAUCGACAUCCCCGCCAUCCUAACAUCGUUGUUGGCGCUGGCUUCUCAGGUCAUGGCUUCAAGCUAGCUCCAGUUAUUGGCAAAUUGUUGGCAGAAAUUUCAAAGAAGAAGGAACCAUCCUAUGACAUAAGCACAUUUAAAAUUGAUAGAUUUCACAAUAUAAAACACCGACUAUAGCCAAGGCAGGGUUCGAGGUUGUCGUAGUUGUAAGAUAGCAAAGCAGAGAUAAUAUUUUAGUAGAGAUUGCCAAAAUUGAGGUUUUUCUGAACAGACACUUUCAAAUGACAAGAUGCAGAAUUUUCUGUUAUUGUUAUUAAAUAUUUGUUAUCAUUUGUAUCAAUGGCUUAUUCAAGGAAUGCUUCCGUUAUACCAAAGCCAACGAAUGGGAAAACACUAUACAACUUCUAUUACUGUUUGCCCAAAUGCAGAUUUAAAUGCUUUUCGUUGCACCUCACUCAGGCAAUGGGCAGAAGACAUGAGAUAACCCUUUUGAAAGAAGCAAUAAAAACUACAAUUAUUGUGACUCUCACGAAGAUAAACUUAUUUAAUUCUGCAAUAAAAACUAUCAAUGAAUUCUAAAAAGUCGUGUUUUCAAGAGGACAAAGUUGGUUCUUUUACAAGAUCCCCGAUUAACUAGCGACAAUCCUAGUGCAAUUGACCAGAAAUAUUAUAAAUGCUUCCCUAAUUUCUGAGACUGAUAUCCAUCAAAGUAAAGCAUUUCAUUUCUUUAUUUUAUCAUUGCUGUAUCACCACGAGAAUUAAUACUAGUCUAGUUAACAAUAAGUUCAUUUUCCACGGCGAAAGGAUACUUGUUGAAUCAAUUCGCAAACUGUUCAGCUUGGUAUUUAGAUCGACCCUACAACC